UGCGGCUACGGGCUGGGCCCCAAGGAGGAGGACGGCCUGGUGCGGGGGCUGUCAGUGCUCUGCAACCUGGCCAACCAGCUCUACUACCCCUGCGAGCACGUCGCGUGGGCGGCUGACGCUGGCAUCAUCCGCGUCGGCUCUCAGAAAUGGUGGACUCUGAGCACAGCGCUCUGGGCCUUCUCCCUGCUCCUGGGCAUCCUGUGAUCCCUGAGAAUCUUAUUCCAGUUAAAAAGAAAGCUGAGGCAGCACAAAUGUCCAUCUUCGCCUCUGAGUCAAAAGGAAAUGAAAGCCCAGGUGAAGGCUGAAGUUCUGAGCAUCCUCACAAACAUGGCAGAUCUCUCCAACGCAAUCCACUGGCUGCCUCCGGGGUUUCUCUGGGCUGGACGCUUUCCUCCAUGGUUAGUAGGUCUCCUGGGGACCAUAUCUUCCCUGAUUGGUAUCUACCAAGCAUCUAGAGGAGGAAAUGCUGAAGCUGUAUAAACCAUAAUUAAGCUUCAGGAGCCCAAUCAUUACAUGGUAAAAAUGCCCUUAGUGAGGCAGGGUGUAUUUUAACUUCCCCGAGGGUUGGUGAUUGUAAUUCCACGCAUCCUGUAAUUGGGACUGUAGUCACUCUGUCUGUUACAGAAGGGAUUGUUUGCGGUUAACAAUUUUUAUCACUCUUCAUUAGAGAAAUCUUUCAGGUGAGUCCUCUGAAAAAUCAAGAAAUCUCCUAGGAUUGGUAAAAUAGAAAAAAAGUCACUUCCGUCCUUCUUUCCUAUGUCCCAAAAGAGAAACGCAACCCUCCAGUCUUUGCUGUCACUUAAAAGAGCACGAAGUCAGCAUUAGGUGGAGAAACAGCCACGGUUCUGUCACACACAACUUCUGAGGGACAGAUGCUGCGAGUUCCAGCUCCAGACUCAGCACUUGGUGCCUCAUCCCAGCCAGGGAGGCGACCCAAGUAUUUUCCGUCAGAUGUUUUGGUGUUUGAGCCCAGAGCAGAUGCUGCAAGCGGUCAUUUUUUUGUUUGCGAGGGUUGCGUUUCUUUAGAAAGAAACAGCAACUGUCAGCAGUGCCUUGGGAAGCUUUCUUCUGGCCUGUAUCGCUCAUUUAAGGAGAAAUACUGGAAGCUGAGACUUCCCAGUUAAACCAGAAGCAGUGCUGAGCCUCCAGCUGUGCCUUAACGAAAUGCCACCGGGUGGAGCUCUUCCACCAGGCUCUGGCAGCAACCAACGGACUUUUAAAGAUAAACAAACCAAAUAGAAAAGCAGCAGAAAAAGAUUUAUUAAUCACCUUUCAAAGGACCAAUCAAACCCAUGCCAAGAUGAGUUUUACAGUUACAUUUCUAGGCGGUGCCAAUAAUAAAUGAGAUGAAUGUUCCAAAGGUGGCCUUGAAUGAUCAUUCCCUCCGAUAACAGGGUAAAUCCUCUUUAUCUGGUUCUGGAAAGCUCCAAACAGUGCCCAGCCGACAGAAAAACAUCUGUGCUGUGUUGGCUGCAGCUCCCUGGCUGGCGCCAGCCUUCCUCCUCCCAAAAUAAUUCUGAGCAACUGACCAACUGUCAUCGAGUGGCAUCUUUUGCAAAUGGUUCUGCUUAGUCGGUGCGGUGGUUGCGCUCUCUGCCACGCAGUACGGCACAGACUGCGUUCCCAGGAGGGUUG